AUGACCAAAAAGCCUGUGGCAGUUGUCGAAAAUAAGGGUAAAACAGAGGGGCAAGAGAUGAGAAAGGUGGACAUCAACGAAAUAACAGGAAAUGCAGAGACUGGGACAAGAAGAUUGGAAGGCCGAAGAAGGACCAGAUGCAAGGAAGAACGAUCGAAGGGCUGGGAGGCAGACAAAGACCAGACCUGUAAGGCUUAA